CGCUUUUGUUCUGAAAAAGUGUUACCGGAAGUAGAUCCAGGGAGCGGAAGACGGGUCGCAUGCUUGUGCUUCCGGCAGUCCGAGCCGAGGUCUUUCAGCAUGGCUGCGAUUGGUGUACACUUUGGUUAUACAUGCGCUUGUGUGGCGAUAUUUAAGGAUGGGCGGGCUGAUGUGGUGGCUAAUGAUGCAGGAGACAGAGUUACUCCGGCUGUGGUGGCCUACAGAGACACUGAGCAGAUUGUAGGUAUUGCCGCUAAGCAAGGACUGGUCCGCAAUGCUGCCAACACGAUUGUGAAAGUCAAACAAGUGCUGGGGAGAAGUUAUGAUGAUCCAGAGACACAAACUCACAAAUCACAGACCAAGUGUCAGGUUGUCAACAGAGAAGAGAAGCCUUAUUAUGAGAUUACAGCAGGAGAACACCCAGAGUAUGUUGCUCCUGAAGAUGCUGCAAAACUCAUCCUCCACAAAAUGAAAGAAACGGCCCAGUCAGCUCUGGGCUCCGAUGUCACAGGGGCGGUCAUUACUGUCCCUUUUGAAUUUGCACAUGCUCAGAAGCAGGCUCUAAGGGAGGCAGCUGAAGCUGCAGGGUUCCACGUAUUGAGGCUCAUCCAUGAGCCUGCUGCUGCUCUGUUAGCCUAUAACAUCAGUCAGGACUGUUCUUCUGGAAGGAGCCAUUUCCUAGUGUAUAAGCUGGGUGGGACAUCCCUGAGUGUGACAGUGCUGCAAGUCACUGGAGGAUUGUUUCGGGUUCUCAACACGCACACUGACCACAACAUUGGAGGAGAGGGCUUCACCCUGGCAUUGGCCCAGCACCUUGCUGCUGAGUUUAAACGCACUUUUAAGCAUGAUGUGACCAGUAAUGCUCGAGCAAUGCUGAAGCUGAUGAAUGGAGCAGACAUGGCCAAACACUCUCUGUCCUCAUUAGGAUCAGCCAACUGCUUUGUUGACUCCCUACACGAUGGCAUUGACUUUGAAUGCAACGUCUCUAGAGCUCGAUUUGAGCUUCUUUGCGCCUCACUUUUCAACAAGAGCAUCCAGCCAAUCAGACCCCUGCUGGAGGAGGCAGGACUCUCCACCAAGGACAUUAAUAAGGUGGUUCUUUGUGGUGGCUCAGCAAGGAUCCCUCGUCUCCAGCAGAUGAUCCGUGAAAUGUUUCCUGAUGUGGAGCUUCUCAGCUCAGCACCUCCUGAUGAGGUCAUCGCUGUUGGGGCAGCCCUGGAAGCUGGCUUACUGGUUGGCAGAGAUGGCCUUGCCCCAGAGGAGGAUUAUGUGACAGUAGAUGUUUCUGCUACUGACAUACUAGUUAAGGAGGUGGAUGAGUCCGGAGCCGAGGUGUUUACUGUUCUCCUCCCAUUGGGCACACCUCUCCCUGCCCGCAGACAUCACAUCCUGAGGGGAGGAGGGAAACUAUCCUCCCUCUGUCUGGAGAUUUACCAGAGAUUUGUCAUGGAGCAGCCAGAAAAACUAGCUAAGAUAAUCUUGAGAGACCUGCCGCCAAGAGAGGAGAACCAUGACAUCGACACUGUGGUGACAAUGAAAAGGGAUGGCUCCAUUCAUGUUUCCUGUGUAGAACAGCACAUUGGUGCACCAGAGGUCAUCACCAUAGCAGCUACAUCAUGAGGGCACCCAUCUGCAGUCCAUACCAGACACCACCACACACCGGCCCUUUUUACCAAGAUUGUUUAAUCCUACCAAAUUGAAAAUGUUUUUGUCGGCUAGCUCUGUUUAUUUACACUUAAAAUAACAGUGAGAUUAUACCAUCCUAGUGUCUGGUUUUUAGUUAGCAUGCUGGUGUUCCAUGAGCAAAAGAGCCAUGAAUUGUAACACAACAGCGUAAUGAUCAAAUGUUACAAUUUACAUAUUAGUCAGAGCCUUCUAAACAAUGGAAUAAUAUGGCAAAAUUAAUAAUUUACUGGCUUCAUUAUAUGGCAGAACGGGUCCUCUGCUGGGAGGGUAAGGAGGUCAAGCUCCUUGCCUAGUCUCCCUGGACAAUUUCGGUUGCUGUUCUAACAUCUGCCAUGUGUUGUUUUUAUUUCUCAUGGGCAGCAUACUGAACAAGUCUUCAUUACAUCAAAUUCCUUUCCUGUGAGAUUGCUGGGACACUUUUUUUACACAAAUUUCGAAUUGCAGCUGUUUCUACCACCACUGCCAGAGGCUUAGUUACAAUAACCCCCCCGAUUCCUCAUGUGGACCUUACCUUACAUACAGCAUAGCGAGGUGAAAAAAAAGGGGUAACAGUCCCACUUUGAACAAACCGCAUAAAAAGGGCCACUGACAGUGGAAUAUUUUUUGUCUUUUGUUUUUCUCACUCAAUAAACAUAAUCAGACUUAAACUGUGUG